CGCUCCGCAGGGGCUGCGCGGCCAGGCCGGCUAUGGUCCGGGGGCUCCCGUCGCCCCCGAGGUGCCCGGGCCCCUCCAGGCCGGUGCGCGAGGGUCACCCCACCGCCCGGCGCGGCCCCGGCCCGCGGCUCCCGGCAGCCGGCGCCCGCUGACCGAGCCUGGCGCCCCAGGAGGGGGAAGAAAUAAAGAGCCCCAGUUCUUCCUGAGGACUGUUGGCGCUUCAUCCCACAACCGAGAGGGCUCAGCUCCCUCGCGCACCCGCCCGGCCCGGGUCCUCCCGGCUCGUCCCGGCCAUGGGGAGCUGCGCGCGGCUGCUGCUGCUAUGGGGCUGCUCGGCGGUGGCCGCAGGACUGAGUGGAGUAGUUGGAGUGAGUUCCCGCUGUGAAAAAGCCUGCAACCCUCGGAUGGGGAACUUGGCUUUAGGGAGAAAACUCUGGGCAGACACCACCUGUGGUCAGAACGCCACCGAACUGUACUGCUCCUAUAGUGAGAAUGCUGAUCUGACUUGUCGGCAGCCCAAAUGUGACAAAUGCCAUGCUGCCCAGCCUCACCUGGCUCACCUGCCUGCCGCCAUGGCGGACUCAUCCUUCAGGUUUCCUCGCACGUGGUGGCAGUCUGCUGAGGAUGUGCACAGAGAAAAGAUCCAGUUAGACCUGGAAGCUGAAUUCUACUUCACUCAUCUAAUUAUGGUGUUCAAGUCCCCCAGGCCAGCAGCCAUGGUGCUGGACCGGUCCCAGGACUUUGGGAAGACAUGGAAGCCUUACAAGUACUUUGCAACUAACUGCUCAGCUACGUUUGGCCUGGAAGAUGAUGUCAUCAAGAAGGGAGCUAUUUGCACUUCGAGAUACUCCAAUCCUUUUCCAUGCACUGGAGGAGAGGUUAUUUUCCGAGCUUUGUCACCGCCAUACGAUGCAGAGAACCCUUACAGUGCCAAAGUGCAGGAGCAGCUGAAGAUCACCAACCUCCGCGUGCAGCUGCUAAAACGGCAGUCUUGUCCCUGUCAGAGAAAUGACCUGACUUCAAAGCCUCAACAUUUUACACAUUAUGCAAUCUAUGAUUUCAUUGUCAAGGGCAGCUGCUUCUGCAACGGCCAUGCUGAUCAAUGCGUACCUGUUGAUGGCUUCAGACCGGUCAAGGCCCCAGGAGCAUUCCACGUGGUCCAUGGAAAGUGUAUGUGUAAGCACAACACAGCAGGUACCCACUGCCAACACUGUGCACCAUUAUACAACGACCGCCCCUGGGAAGCAGCUGAUGGCAAAACAGGAUCUCCUAAAGAGUGCAGAACCUGCAAGUGCAAUGGGCAUGCUGAUGCCUGUCACUUUGACAUUAAUGUGUGGGAGGCAUCAGGUAAUCGCAGUGGUGGUGUCUGUAAUGACUGUCAGCACAACACAGAAGGUCAGCAUUGCCAACGAUGUAAGCCAGGCUUCUACCGGGACCUCCGGAGACCCUUCUCUGCUCCAGAUGCUUGCAAAAUUGUUCAACCGCUAGCGAAAAUAACUGAUAGUAGAAGGAAAGGAGAAAACAGUACCAAAAAAGUGUGUUCCUGUCAUCCAGUUGGAUCAGCUGUCCUUCCUUUCAACUCGGUGACCUUCUGUGACCCCAGCAAUGGUGACUGCCCUUGCAAGCCUGGGGUGGCAGGGCCACAUUGUGACAGGUGUAUGGUGGGGUACUGGGGCUUUGGAGACUACGGCUGCAGGCCCUGUGACUGCGCAGGGAGCUGUGACCCACUCACAGGAGACUGCAUCAGCAGUAGCACAGACAUAGACUGGUAUCAAGAAAUUCCUGACUUCCAUUCCAUGCACAAUAAAAGCGAGCCAGCCUGGGAGUGGGAGGAUGAGCAAGGAUUUUCUGCACUUCGACACUCAGGUAAAUGUGAAUGUAAAGAACAGGUGUUAGGAAACUCCAAGGCAUUCUGUGGAAUGAAAUAUUCAUAUGUGCUAAAAAUAAAGAUUUUAUCAGCUCACGACAAAGGGUCUCAUGCUGAGGUCAAUGUGAAGAUAAAAAAAGUCUUAAAAUCUACCAAAUUGAAAAUUUUACGAGGAAAACGAACAUUAUAUCCAGAAUCGUGGACUAACAGAGGCUGCACUUGUCCAAUCCUCAAUCCUGGUUUGGAGUACCUUGUGGCAGGACAUGAAGAUGUAAGAACAGGCAAACUAGUCGUGAAUAUGAAAAGUUUUGUCCAGCACUGGAAGCCAGCCCUUGGAAGAAAAGUCAUGGAUAUUUUAAAAAGAAAGUGCAAGUAGCAACAAAGGUAUAUAGCACAUAAUGACACUUCUCUAUGUAGAAAACACAAGCUUAAUGGAAAGGAGACCUCAAAAACAAAACUGGAAUUUUUUAAGUGCCAAAAUAUAUAGAAAUAUUCCAAUGCAUGGGCCUAGUCUAACCUGUCUCUUUGGGGGCCAUGUUUAAAUACAGUUUGUUUUAUAAAGACAAAUGAAAAAUCCUACACUGAUAACUGCCUCCUAUGGGACUGAUUCUGUAAUUCAUAACUAUUCAGAGUAUUUUUAAUAGCAGUAUGAUAUUUAGCAGUAAUGCAUUAAGAGGAGUACAUCUAACAAGGACUCCUUCCAGCUUCAGAUAUGUUACUUCUAUUUGUGCUACUUAAAGUAAUUAAGGAGAUUUUAAGGACUCCCCAACCCUACUAUCAAAAAAAGGUUUUUCUUAAAAAAGAGCCUGCCUUUGUGUGAUGUGUGUGAACUUUGGUCUAUGGAGUGUUAAAUGGAAUCUCUCCACAUGUAUAUACUAUUUCCUUGUAUAAAGCACUUUACUACCUACCACUUGUGUUGGGAAAGUUGGAAGACCAUGGUUGACAGAAAGAAAAAUAAAGGGCGUGUAAGAAAACCUACUGAAACAGAAGCACUGUCACUACGUGUGGACAAAAGGAAGUUGUACGUGUUAGCUCUGAACACUUGGAAAAAACCCAAAAGGAGAACAUGUUUGCAUAUGAAGUCUCAGCUUCAGGCUAGAGGUUAGAUUCCACAGAUACCAGCCAUGAUGAAAAAUUUUUUUAAAAACUAAACAAAAUGAGACUUUAAAAUAAGAGGAAGAAGAAAUCUUAAGAGUAGAAAUAUGCUUGGAUGAAAAGGAAAUGGACUUUAAAUUUUUAAAAGCUCAUUUAUUUGCAAUGCACUUGUAUACACGGCAGAAAUUAUUGUAGACACAGAAUUUGUUUUAUUUUUCUGUUUAGUAUUUAAACCUGAAUGUUGGAACAGUUUCCUCCUUAUCUUUAUUAACACUAUAUGGCCAUUAUACUUACUCAUUUUUUUGACACAGUGUAUGUGAUAGUUCACCAAACUACAGUUUUCAUUAUUACUCAUAUUCUGUACCCAAGCACAACCACAAUACAUACAGUUUCUUCUGUACUUGAAUAUACAAAACAUAAACCACAGUGUCAUAAGAUUAACUUCACAUACAGAACAUAUUUUUUUUCCUGAGGUC